UACGAAGUUGAGUCUGGGUUUUUCCUUUCUGUUGAUUAGUCACAAACAGCAGGUAUUUACAAAGCUGUUUCAGAUUCCAAAAAACCUGAUGGCUUCUGGAUUUUGUUUGAGGGUGCUGUUGCUCCCCCUGAUCAUCUAUGGGCAGCUUGCAUCAGGCAAUGUUUACAGAUAUAGAAGUGAAAACAGACCUCACAAUGUACAAACGGGGCCUUCAUCAAGGACCUACAGUCCUGUUUCAAGUCAUGAUGGUGUGCAUCCAAGAGCUUUCAAAGCCAACUUUCCUGAAGGUUCUACAGCUUCAGUUGGUCGCCACGAACCAGGUCACUUUUUCAGCGGGCCGGUAGAUAGUUACAGUCAACGUGGAAGUGUUCCUAGUUACAAGCCUGCCUCAUUUAAGUCCAAACCCAGUCAAGCACAACAGCCACAAAGUAGCUUCCUCCAGGGCAGACCAAGACUGUGGGAACCCGCAGCUGAAAGUGGAAGAAAACGGCCGCAUGUUGUGUCAAGUGGCGCGAUCGUGAUGCAAGCUGAGAAGACUCCWGAGAAACAGUCCCGCCCCACUUCUGAUGCACGCCAGGCAGGGRCGUCCUACACCAAGCUGCCAUCGACCCACCCGGUGUUCUCGGUCCCCGCUGUGCUUCAACCCAAAGCUGGUCUGUUUGACUCUCAGUCCCCAGGGUUUUAUCCACAAACCAAAUUUGUUCCAGAAACUCCAGUGAAAGGUGAAUCUGACCCGUGGAAAACUGUCCCUGCCUCCAAGCUGCAGACCCCAGGGUCKACUCAUCCAGGCAGGCUGCCUCUGGACCACCCUGUCUUCUCAAACCCCGCUGUGCCGGCAACCAAAAUCAACUCGUGGGAUGGCGUGUUUGGUUCCAGUGUGCAGUCACCAGCUGAAGUGCCCCAGAAAUCRGUUCUGCCACAAAACAUACCUGGUGUAUGGGAUAAGGCGCCUGGAUCCAUUGCACAGUCCGGUUCAACUCACCCAGGCAGGCUGCCUCUGAACCACCCUGUCUUCUCAAACCCCGCUGUGCCGCAAACCAAAAUCAACUUUUGGGAYGGCAGGCUGGGUUCCAGUGCACAAUCCCCAAGCUUUUACCCACAAGCCAGCUUUCCUCAGGUUCCAGAAGCUCCAGUGAAAGGCCAACCCAACCCAUGGAAAACUGUCCCUGCCUCCAAGCUGCAGACCCCAGGGUCGACUCAUCCAGGCAGGCUGCCUCUGAACCACCCUGUCUUCUCRAACCCCGCUGUGCUGCAGAGCAAAGAAGGUGUGUGGGAUAGACUGCUCGUCCCCCAUGGUCCCAGAGGGUCUAGACCUGAAGCUUCUGGAUCCUACCCUUUGAGGCAGCAACAACCAAGGCCAGCCUCCAGUACKUCCCAGAGAUAUGGUGGUUUGGUUGACAAGGCAGCACAGAAAACAUCUCCAAGAAGUUCUAAAACUGCUUUAGUAUCCACCCUCUUCCAGUCUGGUCAACCUCAAGCAUCUACUCAUGGAAAACGACCUGUAGCCUCCUAGUUCCUGUCUUGCCAUGGAUGGCCAUUGCUGUUGUGGCUUCAAUCUGAAAUCAAUAAAGUUCUUCUUGGAACUUCAAUUGUGUUUGGUUUCUUGACAAAUUGCAAUUAAAUGUAAU